AUGGGUUAUCCAGAAUGCCCCUCGCUAACCAAUACCUCAUCGACCCCUGCAUUAGCAUCUAUCAAGGCCUUCGACCCUGUCUUCUCGUUCGCAACCAGCUCCACGUCUGUUUUGGAGACACCAAAGUUGUCCGAGCUCCCAGCGUAUGCGGUGAAGUUUGUCGAACCAGUGAACGCCAAGGACUUGUCGGUCACCUCACAGACUUCAGCUGGGAAUUUUAAUUCACAGACCGGCGCCGUCUCCAACUUAUCGAUGAACGAGACCUCUGUCGCUGAUUUGGAGGAUACGGAGGAAGCACAUAACAGCCAUUCCUCCGAGUCACUAUCUUCUUCUAUCAACACUGUCGAUGAUGUGGAGUUUCUUGCAACGUCCUACCCCAACAUCUACGCAGCUGCUCUUGAUCGAGCGACGGACACUCUCACUUCAAAGCUUUUCGCCUUUGUCGUGCAACCGCUGUUGUAG